AUGAAUAAGCUAAAGAGAUAAUAAAUGUACUCCUUGCCGAAGAUGCUCCUAUCUAAAGUCUCAAUAGCAAUCUAUUUAUUAGGAAUAGCUUUAAUUGAUUUAUUACAAUUAUGUAAUUAUCAAGUAGUGGCUUGUGAAACAGGUAUAUAAGCAAGGGAUGAACUGCUGAAAACAGAAAAUGAGUUUGAUCUAAUUUUGUUGGAUUUGGGUCUGCCUGAGAUGACAGGCUUAGAACUUUUGUAAAUUAUAAAAGCGUAAGUCUUUAUUUGAGCUUCAAGUAUUGAUAAAUUGAAAGAUGUUCCAGUGAUUAUGAUGAGUGGUGAUGAUGAGACAGAAACAGUUGCUGCUUGUUUAAAUGCAGGAGCAGAAGAUUAUAUGGUAAAACCUGUNUAUAUUUAAAUAAGUGA